AUGAUAUGUCAGUGCUAUUUCAAUACUGAAGAACAGCUAUUAUGUGAAGGUGAUUUAAGAAAAAUUAGGUUUUCAAUACCAAUUUCUGAAGAACAACAUCGAGCAUUAGAAGAAAAGUGUCUUUGCCAAACACAUUAUAAUUGUGAAGUUGUUAACAAAAACUAUUAUCAAGAACAUCAAAAAAAAUUAAAUGAAUACUGUGCCUAUCCAAAACAUAGUAUAUAUAAGCAAAGUACAAAAAAAAAGAAACAAGCAGAAAGUAAAGAUGCACUUAUUAAUUUACUUGUUCGACUUUAUAAAAUAUUAGAGCUUGAUUCAACUGCUAAAAUAUGUAUAAAGUUUACUGACAAAGAUUCUAAUUAUAUAACAAGCAAUAAUUAUAUUCAAGCAACUAAACAAUCACAAAUUUCUUAA